UCCACUUCAGCUCCAUAAGCCGCAGCCGCAGCCGCAGCAAUGUCUUCCCCGGCUCUCUCCGUUGCAUUCUUCCUCCUCCUCAUAUCCUCCUCCACGCUUCUGGUUGCGUCCAUGGACUGUAAUAAGGGCGACCGUGAAGCCCUCCUUAAGAUCAAGGAGGGCCUCGGCAACCCUCCCCAGCUCUCGAGGUGGAUCCCCGCCACCAACUGCUGCGCGUGGGAUAACCUCUACUGCGACGACACCGGCCGCGUGUACAAUGUCUACAUCUACAAUGCCGAUGUCACCGCUGCACUCCCCGUGGCCUUCGGCGACCUCUCCGCCCUCCAGAGCCUCUCCCUGCAGGACAUGCCGGGGCUCACCGGCCCCAUCCCUCGCUCCUUCGCCAAACUCUCACAACUCUACCUCCUAUCGAUCUCCAACACCUCCAUCACCGGUCCCGUCCCGGACUUCCUCACGAGUACUAACCUCAGCGCCCUCACCCUCCCCAGCAACAAGCUCUCCGGACCCAUCCCACCCGCGCUGAGCCGCCUCCCUUACCUCCGCUACGUGGACCUCAGCCACAACAUGCUCUCCGGUCCGAUACCGCAGGGGCUGCUGCACGGAGAGUACCAGUUCCUGAUACUCUCCAACAACCGGCUGACGGGGGCGAUUCCCAGCUCCUACGGCAAAGGAGACGUGAACACCAUCGACCUGGGGCACAACCGGCUCACCGGCUACCCGUCGUUCCUGUUCGACAGAACGAGGCCGACGGUCAAGCUCGACCUGUCGUGGAACGAGCUGGCGUUCGACAUCACCAAGGCGGCGCUGCCAUGGCACCUGGAGUACCUGGAUCUAAGCCACAACCGGAUCAGGGGCGGGGUCCCCAAGUCUCUCAAGGACCUGUACAAGCUUCUGGUGCUCAACCUCACCUACAACGAACUCUGCGGGGAGAUCCCGACGGGGCGAGCGAUGGCAUAUCACGGCGCCGAGUGCUAUCUCCAUAACAAGUGCCUCUGCGGGACACCACUCCCACCCUGCCGCCACUGAGCUUGCUACGGUAGGCACAGUUGUUAGCAUCUUCUAUUAUCUAUCGACUUUUGCGCCAAUGACGAUGUCUGCUUGUCUUGAAAUGAUGAAGCAAACGCAUGCUUUUUUAUCUGCUAAUGAAGAAAGAAGGAGCAGCAAUUCAAGGAAGUGUGUAAGCUUAGAACCGUGUUGACCGAUGGUCAAAUACAUUCAUCAGUUACGCGUCCUUCGAUAGUUUACCUGUCGAUGAGGUACAGCUUGCUGGUCAAAAGAAUCCAAAGUCAAUGAGACAGUCUCCUUGGUAGAUUUCCUGUAUAUCCACGUUGUGGCCACCAAUGCCGAUGUGGAAAGUACACGUGAAGGUUCCUCCAUUUGCGGAUCAAAAAGUGAGAUGCAACGUCACCUUCUUUAUCGCCCCCCAAAUGUUUUGGAUAUCAUAAAAAGAAGAUACAUCAUAAAUCAUAAUUUCAACUAAUAUUAACUUGCGCUGACAGAAAUUAACUACAAUAAUAAGAUUUUAGUUUUUGAAAAGAUAAUAUAUAUAUAUAUAUAUAUUGUACUUCAAAUAUUUGUUCGAUAGAAAUCUCAUUUAAUAAUUUUUAAAAUUAAAAAGCACUAAUUUUAUACAUAUAUAUAUAUAUUUGCAGCAGAAUAUUAUUAUGUGGAGCCCUCAUAAAUUAUUUGGACUGCACGUAUGCGACAAAGCUGCAUGGCGAGCCACGUGGGAGGCUGACCAAGUCAAACACCAGCCGCCAUUCGACAUGCAAACAUUACAUCGAUUAAACGACAUAAUUAAUUACUUAGUGCGUAUCAAACGUGCUUGUAAUUCAAUUUCCUCGUCAACAUAAGACGCCCUAAUUGAUAUUUAUUGAUUUGAUAAAUAUAAUUGUUAUUAAUACUGAAUAGUACAGACAUUGCUUGGUUUCUGGGUGUUGUGCUGGCUUCACACUUUAUGAAAUUUGUAAUUACAUCAUCAAUGAUGAUGUUAUUACACCAUGGAGUUAUAAUUUCGGGAAUAGAAAGUAGUUGAAGGAGAGGUGGAGGAUGGAUUAGCUUUCCAUCACACUUGAUUAGCUAAGCAUUAUUAGCGAAAGGGAUUUGGGCUAAAUUAUAAUAGGAAUAUUUGUGAUCAAUAAGAGCAUGUGGUUGCACAAAAUCCGGCACAUCAUGAGGUCAAGUCUUGAGCUCUAAAACUAAAUCAAGUGGCACUUAACUUAAAGAAGGAAAAGAAAACAUUUUAAGAAAAUUAAUAUUAAGAUAAAUAAAGAAACAAAAGGAUUUAACCCCAACAAAGUUGGUUUUAAUGUGUGUGUGUGUGUGUGUGAAUAUAUAUAUAUAUAUAUAUAUAUAUAUAUAUAUCACCAACAAGGCCCAACAGUUUCUGAUAUGGUGAGCAGAAUCCACUUGAUUUGGUCCACCCAUCACAGUACAAUUAGGACAGAAUUUUGCUUACAGAUCACUUCCCUCUAUUGCCUUGUCUCAUGGACUGGUAUCGGGUCGGAGCAAAUGGGAUUUCCUUGGUCAACGGAGAUGCGGCUUUGCUUGUGUAAGGUUGAUGGACUUGCAUAGAAAGGCAGGCAAAAUGUUCCUUGGGAAGGAAGGAUUGUGUGUAACUUGCAAGGCUUUUUCAGUGAGAAUGAGAAGCCCCCAUGGUCGUCGUCGUCGUCAUCGUCCGAAGGACUGAUCCUGCCACCAACAUGGGAACAAUGUCAUAUCUGACCAACUCGAAAGCUGCAAGACAUUCUUGCAACAUGAUCACGAAAGGUUGGUUCAUUACUGAUGCAUCAGUUAGUAUCACUUGUGAUGUUGAUCAGCUGGUAAGGGUGAUUUGCCCUGCAUAUGUUGCUUCUUUUGAAAAGAUUAUAUGGCUUCAUAUAAGUUAAAUUUAUGUUGUAACUCCAGAAAGUUGAAAUGUUUUCAUGUGUCUAUUACAGAGCA